UACACAGGUGGCUGGAGCGUCCUGUGGAGAGAGCGAGAGAUCAGGCCAUGAACCUGGGAGAUGGCUUAAAGCUUGAAACUGAAUUGUUGGAUGGAAAAACCAAGUUAAUAUUGUCUCCAUAUGAAUGUAAAUCAAAAAAUUCUGUGAAGCAUCUUUUUUUUUCUUUGUAGCAUUUUAGUCUUUAUUUGUGUUUCUUGAAUAGAGCUCAAUUUGGAUGAUGUGGCAUUUUCCACCUCUGAGCUUUUGAUGGCUUUGCUAUUUUUUCCAGGUUUAAUCAAAGUGGAGUUGCUUGAGUAUCCAGCAUAAAUGGAUGGGAAGUAAGAACAAGAUUGCAAAAUGUCCUAUAAGAACAAAACAGACUGGAUACAUUCUAAAAUCAACACAAAAUACAUGUAUCAGGAGUGGAAAACUUUUGCAAAAGAAGAGAAUGGGUUCAGAAACUUCACUGGCAAAAGGUGAAAAAAGUAGCAUGAUUUUUUCACCCACUAAGGAUUUAUGCAAGCAGUAUGUAGAUAAAGACUGUCUUUAUGUCCAGAAAGAGAUUUCACCUGCAACCCCCACUAUACAGAAGACUAGAAACACCAUAAAUACCUCUGUAGUAGCUAAGCAGAAGCAUUGCAAAAAACACAUCACAGCUGAAAAUACGAAGAGCGGUUUGGUGUGUCUAACACAAGACCAACUACAACAGAUUUUAAUGACUGUGAACCAAGGAAAUAAGUCUAUUUCCGCGAUUGAAAAUGGAAAGGAGGAAACAAGUCAAGACAGUCUACAUUUAAACAAUACUUCCAAUCAGCCAAAAGAUGAGAACAUAAUGGGAGUAUUCCAAAAAAAUGAGGCUCUUUCAUCUGUCCUGGAUGAAAAUAAAUCCACUUUAAAUAAAAAUCAAGAGACAUCUAAGCAGUAUGAGCAGAAAAUUGCCAUAGAGAAUGUAUGGAAACCAGCUGACAUAUUCAGUACUCUGGGCGAAAGAGAACGUGACAGAAGUUUGUUGGAAGCAAAAAAAGCCCAGUGGAAGAAAGAGCUUGAUGAACAGGUUGCUUUAAAGAAGAAAGAAAAAGAAGCUUCUGAAAAAUGGAACAAUCCUUGGAAAAAAUUUGAAAGUGAUAAAAUAGUGUGGGAAAAAUUUCAAACUCUUGGCCAGUCUAAGACUAGUCUUAGCUCUUCCAACAUUCUGUCACAGUCUCCCAGUCAGAUAACAGUGGUCCAGGCUGAUGACUACCCACUAUGUAGAGCCAGUCAGAUUUUAGAGGAAACAGUACCACUGGAGCGCCCUUUGAGUACUGUGAAACAAGAACAGCAGAGAAAAUGGAUUGAAGAUUUGAACAAGCAAAUAGAAGAUGAUCGGCAAAGAAAAAUAGAGGAAAAAAUUACAUCUUCAAAGGGUGAGGAACAUGACAGAUGGGCAAUGCAUUUUGAUUCAUUAAAGAACUAUCCUGCUUCUCAGUCUCAACUGUCCUCUCGGUCAAUACACAACCAACCAGAGUACUUCUGUGUCUCUCCGGACACUCAGGAACUGUCUGAUAUCAGCAAUGUUUAUACACCAACGACUGGAAGCCAGGUUGAACCUUCAGAGGAGGAGCAUAUAGCAAAACCUGUUAGAGAUAUGGCUAUGGCAAAUAGUCAGAAAACAAACUUUCUCCGUUCUAUGACUGCUCUCCUGGAUCCAGCUCAGAUUGAAGAACGUGACAGGCGACGACAAAAACAGUUAGAACAUCAGAAAGCCAUCACUGCUCAGGUAGAAGAGAAACGCAGGAAGAAGCAGCUGGAAGAACAGCAAAGAAAGAAGGAAGAACAAGAAGAGGAGCGUCGCUUAGCGAGGGAACGAGAAGAGAUGCAGAAACAGUAUGAAGAAGACAUACUUAAGCAAAAACAAAAGGAAGAAAUCAUGACUCUCAAGACAAAUGAAUUGUUCCAGACAAUGCAGAGAGCACAGGAGCUAGCACAGAGACUGAAACAAGAACAGAGAAUACGAGAAUUGGCUCAGAAGGGACAUGAUACGUCUGGAUUGAUUAAAAAUCUUGGUGGAUAUGGCUUGGAUGAUGUCAGUGGUAAAAUGAAUACAUGUAUUAAUUCUACAACCUCUCCCAAAAAGGAUACUGCUGUACAAACAGAUGACUUAAAUACAGGAAUGUUCACCAUUGCAGAAUCAUGCUGUGGAUCAAUAAUAGAGAGGGAAAUUCUAAAUUGCUCAUCUCCUGAGAUUCCUGCAGAAUUUAAUGACCAGUUUAAGAAAGACAAACAGGAACUAAUCAAUCAGGAUAAAGCAGCCAACUUAGAAAAAGAAAACAGUUGGUACAAUGAUCAGUAUGAGUUUGCAAGGACAGAGAAAAAACAUACGAAGAAGUGUCCUAAAAGGCCUGAUUGGAAUAUAAAUAAGCCACUCAAAAGGUAUAUUCCGGCAUCAGAAAAGUACCCUAAACAGCUUCAAAAGCAGAGAGAAGAAAAAAAAGUAAGAAGGCAGAUGGAACUGCUUAAUUUGGUAGAAAGAAAUAAUCCUGGACAUCUCUCUCAAAAUAGAGGGACUUCACCAGUUCUUCCUUCACCUCAAGAAGCAGAGGCAAGGUUCAGGUGGCAUCUAAUCAGAAAGGAGGAACCUCUGAAAAGUGAUUCUUUCAGCAAGGAAAGGUCUCAGUCACCACUGGAACUGGUGAAAAACAGAACACAACAAACUCAGACACUAAAAAACAGAGAGAAUCUGAUCUUAGGAGACAGUCAGACAGAAACAUCACCUGGAGCUUCUGAACCAUCCCAUUUUAUCCCCUAUGUCCGAACCAAUGAGAUUUAUCAUCUUGAUCCAGAUGCACCACUGUCCAGGCCUUUAACCCAGGAUCUUCAGUACCAAAAUCCACAUGACUGUGACCAAGAACAAUGGCAGCUAUUUGAAUCUGAUGUCAGGGACCCACUUCUCAAUCCUAACUUGGUGAAAAACAGGGAUCGACAGCAAGCAAUCCUUAAGGGACUAUCAGAACUGAGACAGGGCCUUCUCCAGAAGCAAAGGGAGUUGGAAACUAAUCUCAUGCCUUUAGCUGCAAAUCAAGAAGAGAAUUUUAAUUCUUCGUUUUAAAUGUAGAAAAUCAAAUCCUUCACAUUUGUUGCUUUUAAAUUAUGUGUUCAUUGCAUAACUGUAUUUUCCA